GAACCCGCGCCCCUAGCAACCGCGCUCUCUCCAGCGCCCCGCCCACCGGAUCGGAAUGAGGCUCUCCAUUGGUCGAAGGCUGGGUGAGGACGGCCUGUGGUUUGGUCGUCGGGGAUGUCAAUCAAUCUGAAGAGCUGGCGGGGAGGACAGUACUGAUCAUGACUUCCACAAAGGAGCAGGCAGCCAUCAGCAGACUGAUGGGGUUCUUGCAGGAAUGGGACAAUGCUAGCAAAGCUGCUCGUAGCCACAUUCUGGGCAAUUUCAUUAAGGCAAAUCAAGGAAAGACAGGACCAGAGUUGGAGCUGGAAUUCUCACAGGGAGCCAGCUUGUUUCUGACCCGCCUAACAGCAUGGCUGAGGCUCACCUACAUGUAUGGAAUAUACCUAGAUCAGCAGCUAAAGUCCAUUGGCAUCUUUUUGUCAGCUGCAAGUAGCCACAAGUAUCUUAUUGAAUUUCUGGAGGUUGGAGGUGUGCUGACUCUCCUGGAAAUACUAGGGCUGAACCAACUGAAGGAAGAGGACAAAAGGGAGUCAAUAAAGCUACUCCAACUCGUAGCAAACGCUGGCAGGAAGUAUAAGGAGCUCAUUUGUGAAAGUUAUGGUGUGCGAUCAAUAGCUGAGUUUUUGGCCAAUUCCAAGUCCGAAGAGACUCAAGAACAAGUGCAAAUUCUGUUGGACUCUUUAGGCCAUGGCAAUCCAAAGUAUCAGAACCAGGUAUACAAAGGCCUGAUUGCGUUGCUGCCAUGCACAUCCCCCAAAGCCCAACAGCUGUCUCUGCAGACACUCAGGACUGUGCAGGUGAUCGUGGGAGCAGCCCAUCCUAGCAUUGUGGAUGCUGCGUUGGGCGUGCUGAGCUCUAUGCACUUGGAAGUUCAGUAUGAAGCCAUUCAGCUGAUAAAGGAUCUCAUGGCCUAUGAAGUCCGGCCAGUGCUGCUGAAGGGUCUGGUUGAAUUACUUAUAUCACCGGGGAAAGAGACUGCUGAAGUGAAAGGCAAAGCCCUGCAAGACCCAGCCGCCCUCCAUCUUCCUGAGCCCUUGUCGGUGUAUAUACAGCAAGCCGCUGCAGCAAAAGCCAUCGGCAUUCUAGCCAAGGACUCGACCAAACUGGCCGAAGAGAUGGUCCAGCUGAGAGUGGUGCACGGCCUUAUGUGUGCUAUGGGGAAUGAGAAUCAUACCACCUGCCAGAGACAGGCCAGCAUCGCUCUAGAGUAUUUUGUCCGGACAUUUCCCAUUGUGGAGGAACAUGUGAGGAAGGCAACAGGAGAGAGACUGUUCCAGCUUUUUAUGAGAGAUGCCAAGACCUUGUACAUGAACAUGGAUGCAGUACAGGUUGAUAUUCUGGCAUCGAAUAAAGUGAACAUCCCAGGAAGUUUAUCAAGCCCAGAAAGGAUGCCGCACAUGGAAGGGGAAGGAAGCACAGAAUGAAAACAUCAAACAACAGAAUGAGAUGACAAAAGAAACAGCUUAUGGACUUCAGGAGCAGACCCUGGUCUGAGAGUUUGGUCAGCAAAGCACUGAAAACGUAGCUUCAAGAACUUCACCUUGAACCAGGUUUAGAAAGCAUUCUGUUUAUUUUUCUUGUUACCGUUUCUAACUUUUGUCUUGUUACUUGUACUCGGUCUUUUUGCAGUUAAAUAAACUUGUUUUGUUCUUUAA